AUGUCAUAUGACAGGUACGUGGCCAUCUGCAGGCCUUUGUUAUAUCCAGUCCUCAUGAGGAGAAAAAUCUGCUACAUCUUGUCAGUAGGAGUCUGGUUUUGGUCUUCUGUACAGGCCUUGACAUGUUCCCUUUAUGUCCUACCUCUGCCAUACUGCAAGUCCAAUGUGAUCUACCAUAACCUUUGUGAAUAUCCAGCCCUUGUACAGUUGUCUUGCUCGGACAAUUCUGCCUUUGUAAAAGUAAUAUAUCUCGGUAGUUUCUUGGUGUUUCUCAUCCCCAUCUCAGUCAUCCUUGCUUCCUACAUAGCCAUUUUCCUGCAAGUCCUAAGAGUGCAUUCACCUGAAAGAAGCCACAAGGCCUUUGGAACAUGCUUGUCCCAUUUGUGUGUGGUGGGACUAUUUUAUGGAGCAGCCAUUUUAACCUACAUGACACCUGUAUCCUCCUAUUCAGCACAAAAGGCCAUGAUAAAUUCAGUGUUCACUACCAUCGUUCCUCCCAUGAUGAACCCUUUCAUAUACAGCCUGAGGAACAGGGAUGUGUUAGCAGCACUAAGAAAACUUUUUUCAAAUGCCUGCUUAAGGAAAUGA